UAUAUUUUUUUAAAAAGCCUUUCUUUGGAUCUCGUUUUUAGGUUCCAGAGGGAGGAUUACACCGUCGAGGUCCGCCUCAACGACUAUUUGGACAUCAUCUGUCCGCACUACGAGGAUAACAGCGUCCCCGCCCACGCGAUGGAGCGCUACACCUUGUACCUGGUGGAACGGGAGGAAUACGACACCUGCAAACCCCGGUCUAAGGAGCAAGUUCGUUGGCAGUGCAACCGGCCGGAUGCCCUUCAUGGCCCCGAGCGGCUCUCCGAAAAAUUCCAACGUUUCACACCGUUCACCCUCGGCAAAGAAUUUCGGGAGGGCCAUGAAUAUUAUUAUAUCUCAAAACCGAUUCACCGGCACCGAGAUUCCUGUCUUAAAUUGAGGGUGAAGGUGAUUGGGAAGAAAACUCUGAUACCACCUGGCCACAUCCCGACGCAGAAGGGGACCCUUCAAUCAGAUGAUCCGGACACCCCGAUGCGUAGCAUGGGGUACAAUUCCGCCCCACGGCUCGGCAGCCCGCUGCCUUUCGUCGGCCUCUUGCUAUUGGUCUUCCUCUCUCGGGGGCCCUGAAGGGAAUCUCACCCCCCCCAAAGGAACCCCCAGAUUGAGCCAGGCAGGGUGGAUCCCAAUGAGGUCCACGUGGCGAGCGAGACGGCAACGUGGGAUCUUCAGGGUUAUCGACCUCGAAACCGCCGGUAGUGCCAGGCGCGAGGAAGCGCAACGCACGACACAGGUGUGGUAAGGACAGCAUGCAAAUCCUCUCUUGUUCUUGAGAGAGAGAUCUCGUUGGACUCCCGGUGCGAGAAAGCAACACGGCGAGCAGAUGGCGUGUCCUCCGCGGGUCGGAGACGUGUCCUCUGCGAGUCAGGAGACACCGCGGAUCCUCCGGAAGUUUGGUGGACGUUGUUGGACAUUUCAAGCAAACUUUGUUGGACUUUUCGAGCAAGAUAUAAGAUACGGGCUGCAUCCUAAACCACCCGCUCCCCUCCUGGACUUACGAGACCAUGUGAAUAAUUUAUCAGACUUAAAAACAGGCAGGACCUGAAUUUGGCGAAGACUUCCGCGCAACUCCGGUGACUUGGAUUUUGUCCUCGCGAUCCAGAUGGGAAAGCUGCAUCCAAAGGAUAUCGAUUCAAGAACUCGGAUCAAUACUAUUUAUUAAAAGGAAAAGAAUGACAACCCCAGCAAUGAUUUUCCAUUUUCAACGAGACUUUUAUAUAUGUGAUGAAUUUAGGACAGCAAAACUUGGGUUUGUUCGCUUCGGGUUUUUGAUCCGAAGGGGUGGAAAAUUCUCUUUUUCAGAUCUGUUUUGAUUUGGGUAAGGGCUACAGAUCUUGUGGAGGAGGAAUCUCACAGGGUCUCUUUCUCCACUAGAGUACAAGAAGCAAUCGGUUAAAAACAGAGGCAUCCCCCAAAAUGCCACAAAAA